GCAUUGGCUGGAGAAUGGAUGAGCGCGCGUCAUGUAUUAAAGUCUCUUUAUAUCGCACUCAUAUGGAUCAUACAGCGAUGCGAUGUGCGGGAUCACUGGAAGAACAUCACUGAUGUCUGAUGCGCUGACUCAUUUAACGGAGGCUCUGUAUAGAAGACACACAGGAGUGUGGUCCAUCUGACAGUCCGGACAGAAUGAGUGUGAGUGGAAAGAAAAAAUGUCCAAACAAGAGGUCCUUGCUGGAGUCAUGGAACAAACCACUACGUCCUGCAGCUCUCAGAGUGCCGAUCAUGGAUUAAAGGUGCAAUAUGAAAUGGCAAUCGUGAGCAUAAGGCGGUGUUCAGCCAGCAGAGAGCUCGCGAUCGAUCACAUCAGCGCACGAAAAUUUAUUUGGAUUAAAUCCAAGAAUGUCCAUAAUAGGGAUGUGUGUAGUAUGAGACGGAGAAAAACACAGACUAAAAGUAACAAAACAGAAGAUAAACAAACAUCUUCAGUGUGAUGCGGCAGCACUCCAGGACGAUUGUUGUCAUGUUUUAGCAGGGCAUUGGAAUGGGCCAGUAAUGAAUGGUGACGGGGCUCCCAGCAGCCUGGAUCAUUCCUGCUGCCCGCUGCCCGACUGGAGGGAGUUCUGCGAGCUGCACGCGCAAGCUUCUGCCACCGAUUUUGCCUACAAGUUCCGCCGAUUCAUCAGCGAGAAUCCCUGCUACGACUUGCCUGGUGCGGACGCCAGCUUCUCGCAACACUUCGCCCAACACUUUUUAACCUGCUUCUCUGCCACCCUUGAGCAAGUGCAAGGUGCUGUGUCACCGGGCAACACCACCACCCCGAAGUAUAGCAUUAUUCCGUUCGUGGGCAUCCAGGGCUGCACGUUGCCCUUCACCCACAACCUUUACUGGCAUCACAAAGACGUGGGGGUGUCGAGCGAAUCACUGAACAGUAUGGACAGCGGAGAGGGCGCAGCCUGUGGACUGGACCAGCAGACACCCACUCGUAAGAUGGCUGGUGUCAGUCAGUCGAGGAGUUCAGAGGAUGUGUCGCUCAGUCAUCGCAAGGCGCGCUUCAAGAAGGGCUUCUCUCUGCGCAACAUGAGUCUGAGCGUGGUGGAUGGGAUGAAGGAGAUCUGGCACCGCAGGGCAUCUCCAGAACCCGACCUCUCGAGUGGCUCCAGGAGAUCCAACGGUGCAGAGGCCACGGGGGUGGAGCACUGGAGUCAGAAGCUGCGUCUGCCACGUGGCACUCAGGGUCACAGGACGGAACUGCUAGAGAUCCAGCGUGAGGGCGCGCUUAGAUACAUGGUGGCCGAUGACACUCACUGCAUGGGUGCUGCGCAGUGGCAUAAAUGCAGGUUGCUCUUGAGGAAAAGUGCUGCAUACAUGGACAGUGGAGAGAAGUUCCUGCUGGAGUUCUACGUACCACCAAAGUCAUCCAAACCCAAAGUGAAUGUUCCUCUGUCUGCCAUUGUGGAGGUGAGGACCACGAUGCCGCUAGAGAUGCCUGAUAAAGACAACACGUUUGUGCUCAAGGUAGAAAAUGGUGCUGAAUACAUCUUGGAGACCAUUGACUCACUGCAGAAGAACUCGUGGGUAGCUGAUAUCCAGGACUGUAUAGACCCGGGGGACAGUGGAGACGAUAUUGAGCUCUCGUCUUGUGUUCACAGUCAAGCGCUCAGAGAUUUCUCACUGGUGUCAUCAUGCAGCUGUGAGCAGCUCUGUGAUGAGACACAGCGGCCGUCGGAGCGCUUGCAGUGCAGUAAUGCAGCUGAUCACACUGCAGCUUACUGUCAAGAGACACCAGUUACACAAAACCCUUCACACGUGCCCUUAGAGCGAUUCCUGCAGUCGCCCAAUGCCCACAACACUAACACAACUGCAGGAAGUCCAGCUGAAGCUCAGAGAGAAGCAGAAGCUGAUGUCAGUUUGGCAGGUUACCCGUGGUUUCACGGGACACUGACACGUGUUCGUGCGGCACAACUCGUUCUAGCCGGUGGCGCUCGCAGUCACGGCCUGUUUGUGAUCCGUCAGAGUGAGACACGACCUGGAGAAUAUGUGCUCACAUUUAACUUCCAGGGCAAAGCAAAGCACCUGAGAUUAUCAGUGAAUGAUAACGGUCAGUGUCACGUCCAUCAUCUGUGGUUUCACACCAUCACUGACAUGUUACGACACUUUCACACACAUCCCAUUCCUCUGGAGUCCGGUGGAUCCACCGACAUCACGCUACGAUCAUAUGUACAGGUUCAGAGAUCACCUACAGAUGUUUCAUCUCAUGUGUUGUCACCCUCCCCGCGGGACGUCGCCGUCUGUCGGUCUGAAGUCGCUGUGUCAUCAGAUACGCCCUUGUCGUCCAGUGCAUCAUCAUCACCGAUGGCUCCGCCCACCAGUGCUGCAGGACUGCACAGCCGCAGCAACAGCGCAGAGAGACUGCUCGAACCCGCCUCCGACAGCACAGACGAUGACAACGACGGCUCGCGGCGGACUCGCGCGGUAGAGAACCAGUACUCCUUCUACUGACCUCACAGCUGUCAAUCAAACUGUCAGUCCAGCCCUGUGAUUAUUAGUCUUCUGGAACACAUUCUGCUGUUUGUUUGUUUCGUUUCUUGUUUAUUUAUCAAACCCUGAACAAGCUGCAGAGACAUUAUCGUUAAAACCAUGAAACACAGUUUGACUGUUUUGAAUUCUUUUGUGUUGUUUGUGAUUUGAUGCGUGUUCAAGUUUAAUAAAACACCCAAUGAAAAUGA